GAGAGCCGGGAAAGCCCGUCGUCGCCACCAUCUUGCUCUCCUCUAAGCCGGCCGUGACCGCGGGUCAGAGGGAUUUGGGGCCAUGAAGCUGCUAAGCAGAGCCGGGUCCUUCUCGAGAUUUUAUUCCCUCAAAGUUGCUCCCAAAGUGAAAGCCACAGCUGCCCCUGCAGGAGUGCCUGCACAUCCUCAGGACCUUGAGUUUACCAAAUUACCAAAUGGUUUAGUGAUUGCAUCUUUGGAAAACUAUGCUCCUGCAUCAAGAAUUGGUUUGUUCAUUAAAGCAGGCAGUAGGUAUGAGGACUCUAACAACUUAGGAACCUCUCAUUUGCUUCGUCUUGCAUCCAGUCUGACUACAAAAGGAGCGUCAUCUUUUAAGAUAACCCGUGGAAUUGAAGCAGUUGGUGGUAAAUUAAGUGUGACUUCAACAAGGGAAAACAUGGCCUACACUGUAGAAUGCCUGCGGGAUGACAUCGAAAUUCUAAUGGAGUUCCUGCUCAAUGUCACCACAGCACCUGAAUUUCGUCGUUGGGAGGUAGCUGCCCUUCAGUCUCAGCUGAGGGUUGACAAAGCUGUGGCUUUUCAGAAUCCUCAGGCUUGUAUCAUUGAAAAUUUGCAUGCUGCAGCUUAUCGAAAUGCCUUGGCUAAUUCCUUGUAUUGUCCUGAUUAUAGGAUUGGAAAAGUGACACCAGAUGAGUUACAUUCCUAUGUUCAGAACCAUUUUACAAGUGCAAGAAUGGCUUUGAUUGGACUUGGUGUGAGUCAUCCUGUUCUAAAGCAAGUUGCGGAACGAUUUCUGAACAUGAGAGGUGGGCUUGGUUUAUCUGGUGCAAAGGCCAAAUACCGUGGAGGUGAAAUUCGAGAGCAGAAUGGAGACAGUCUUGUCCAUGCUGCUUUUGUAGCAGAAAGUGCUGCCACAGGAAGUGCAGAAGCAAAUGCAUUUAGUGUUCUCCAGCAUGUUCUCGGCGCUGGGCCACAUGUCAAGAGGGGCAGCAAUGCCACCAGCCCUCUGUACCAAGCUGUUGCCAAGGGGAUUCACCAGCCAUUUGAUGUUUCUGCUUUUAAUGCCAGCUACUCGGAUUCUGGACUCUUUGGGAUUUACACUAUCUCGCAGGCUGCAGCCGCUGGAGAUGUUAUCAAGGCUGCCUACAACCAAGUAAAAGCAAUUGCGCAAGGAAACCUUUCCAGUACAGAUGUCCAGGCUGCCAAGAACAAGCUGAAAGCUGGGUACUUAAUGUCAGUGGAGUCUUCUGAAGGUUUCCUGGAUGAAGUCGGGUCUCAGGCUCUCAUCGCUGGUUCGUACGUGCCACCAUCCACAGUCCUUCAGCAGAUUGACUCAGUAGCUGACGCUGAUGUCAUCAAUGCUGCAAAGAAGUUUGUUUCUGGCCAGAAGUCAAUGGCAGCAAGUGGAAAUUUGGGGCAUACACCUUUUGUUGAUGAGCUGUAAACCUGAAGCACUGCAGGAAAGAGCUGGACAUUUUCUCAACCCAGAGCAGCAAACAUGAAAGUCACAUGUCUAUAAUGUGACAUUUGUCUUUGUUUUCAAUGAGGUGAAAUAUCUUAAAAAGUAUAAAUGCAGGUAUGUUUCCUGCCAACCUGAAGUCAAUAAAAUGUUCUAAGUGUUU